ACUGUACAGACAUUUCAAGAACUACCACCAGGUGCCAAGCGCAGGAGGACGGUCGUGAGGGCGAGGCGAGGGGUCGACGCGGGGAGCCCACUCGCUGUAAACGGGGGAGACCGGCUGUGGACAGGGACGCGAGCCGGCUUCACCAGGGGCGUGCGCUGCGGCUCCUGCAGCACUGGGACUAAGUGCCGGUCCCGUGUAAUCAGGGAGCUCAUAGAAAUGCUGGCAAUUUCAAGAAACCAAAAGUUGUUACAGGCUGGAGAAGAAAACCAGGUGCUGGAGUUAUUAAUUCACAGAGAUGGGGAAUUUCAGGAACUAAUGAAAUUGGCACUUAAUCAGGGAAAAAUUCACCAUGAAAUGCAAGUUUUAGAAAAAGAAGUUGAGAAGAGAGACAGUGAUAUUCAGCGGUUACAAAAACAGCUAAAGGAAGCUGAACAAAUACUGGCAACAGCUGUUUACCAAGCAAAAGAAAAACUGAAAUCAAUAGAUAAGGCAAGAAAAGGUGCAAUCUCCUCUGAAGAAAUAAUUAAGUAUGCACAUAGGAUUAGUGCAAGUAAUGCUGUGUGUGCCCCACUGACCUGGGUUCCAGGGGACCCACGGAGACCAUACCCAACGGAUUUAGAGAUGAGAAGUGGAUUAUUGGGUCAAAUGAACAAUCCUUCCACUAAUGGUGUGAAUGGUCAUUUACCUGGAGAUGCACUUGCGGCAGGCAGAUUGCCAGAUGUCCUUGCUCCACAGUAUCCCUGGCAAUCAAAUGAUAUGGCAAUGAAUAUGUUACCACCAAAUCACAGUAAUGACUUUUUGUUGGAACCUCCAGGGCAUAAUAAAGAAAAUGAAGAUGAUGUAGAGGUUAUGUCAACAGACUCCUCAAGCAGUAGUAGUGACUCUGAUUAAAAAAGCAUACCGAAUUGAAUAUUGUAGAGUUCUGUUUCUUAAACAAUAGCAAACCUGUAAAAAAAAAGGUAAUAUUGGCCAUAGUGGAAUUGUGCAGCCCAUUAAAAAU